AUGCACCAGCAAUCUCGAUCCUGGGCAGAGCAGCGAGGUGGAUGGCAGCAUGGCAGCAUGGCUUGCAUUCGUACCCCUCAAAUAACCACCCAACCACCCUCCUUCCCAUCCACCCUUCACAUCCACUCACAGCUCGCAGCCAUUCUCACGUGCACCAACAACUUGGAUCCAGGGCAGAGCAGCGAGGUGGAUGCCAGCAUGGCGGCGUUCCUGGCCGUUGGAUCGAGGUGCCUCGGGCGAAACGUUUUCUACGAGAUUUUGCGCGACAAGAAGUACAACCAGGCGUCGCUCACUACUGAGGAACUCCUUAGGGCGGAUAUAGUGCAGCAUGCCAUGGGACCCGGUGUGCGCGGCAAGAAGGGUGGCGAGGUGCUGAAUGUGGCGAUAUCGAAUGUGGGAAGCUCGACAUCGCAGCUGGUCAACAAGGACGCCAAAUUUGAGGAGAUUCUCAAGCAGUUCCUCUCCACUCGCUCGCUGCACCUGCUGGUCAUCCUCUCUACAUACUACUCCGAAACCAGCAAACGCUUCAAGAGGGAGCUGGUGCUGGCGACUCCUCUCACCUCGCUCUCCUCGGGCCUCUCCUUCUUCCUCCAGAAGGAAUCGCACGACCUGCGCCUGCGACCAGUCACCAUCCGAGCCUAUCUCCUCGCUCUCCUCUCUCCGCGCUCUCCUCUCUCCUCGCUCUCCUCUCUCCUCCCUCUCCUCUCUCCUCCCUCUCCUCUCUCCUCCCUCUCCUCUCUCCUCCCUCUCCUCUCUCCUCCCUCUCCUCUCUCCUCCCUCUCCUCUCUCCUCUCCUCUCUCCUCCCUCUCCUCUCUCCUCCCUCUCCUCUCUCCUCCCUCUCCUCUCUCCUCCCUCUCCUCUCUCCUCCCUCUCCUCUCUCCUCGCUCUCCUCUCUCCUCGCUCUCCUCUCUCCUCCCUCUCCUCUCUCCUCCCUCUCCUCUCUCCUCGCUCUCCUCUCUCCUCCCUCUCCUCUCUCCUCCCUCUCCUCUCUCCUCCCUCUCCUCUCUCCUCCCUCUCCUCUCUCCUCCCUCUCCUCUCUCCUCGCUCUCCUCUCUCCUCCCUCUCCUCUCUCCUCCCUCUCCUCUCUCCUCCCUCUCCUCUCUCCUCCCUCUCCUCUCUCCUCGCUCUCCUCUCUCCUCCCUCUCCUCUCUCCUCCCUCUCCUCUCUCCUCCCUCUCCUCUCUCCUCCCUCUCUUCUCUCCUCCCUCUCCUCUCUCCUCCCUCUCCUCUCUCCUCCCUCUCCUCUCUCCUCGCUCUCCUCUCUCCUCGCUCUCCUCUCUCCUCCCUCUCCUCUCUCCUCCCUCUCCUCUCUCCUCCCUCUCCUCUCUCCUCCAUCUCCUCUCUCCUCGCUCUCCUCUCUCCUCCCUCUCCUCUCUCCUCCCUCUCCUCUCUCCUCCCUCUCUUCUCUCCUCCCUCUCCUCUCUCCUCCCUCUCCUCUCUCCUCCCUCUCCUCUCUCCUCGCUCUCCUCUCUCCUCGCUCUCCUCUCUCCUCCCUCUCCUCUCUCCUCCCUCUCCUCUCUCCUCCCUCUCCUCUCUCCUCCAUCUCCUCUCUCCUCGCUCUCCUCUCUCCUCCCUCUCCUCUCUCCUCCCUCUCCUCUCUCUUCCCUCUCCUCUCUCCUCCCUCUCCUCUCUCCUCCCUCUCCUCUCUCCUCGCUCUCCUCUCUCCUCGCUCUCCUCUCUCCUCCCUCUCCUCUCUCCUCCCUCUCCUCUCUCCUCCCUCUCCUCUCUCCUCGCUCUCCUCUCUCCUCGCUCUCCUCUCUCCUCCCUCUCCUCUCUCCUCCCUCUCCUCUCUCCUCGCUCUCCUCUCUCCUAAGUCUCCUCGGGCCUCUCCUUCUUCCUCCAGAAGGAAACGCACGACCUGCGCCUGGGACCAGUCACCAUUCGAGGUGA